AAGAAGAAAGCCAGAAUAACAUCGAACAAACGCAAAAGGAAAGAAGGAAACUGUCCCAGAAGAAGCAGCAAAGCAGAGAGGGACAAGAGAGAGAGAGAGCGUGUAGCAUAUGGUUUCCGUAAAUCCAAACCCAACUGCACCAGAAGGUUUCUAUUUGGAUCCCAUGGGAAUAGCUCUUCCUGGACUUGGCUCUUUAACAGCAACUACAACAGGUCCUUCUGCUACCAUAGCUUCAUGCGAUGAUCUCACCAAGAAGAUUAGGAAGCCCUAUACCAUCACCAAAUCCAGAGAGAGUUGGACUGAGCAAGAGCACGACAAGUUCCUUGAAGCUCUUCAACUCUUUGAUCGUGACUGGAAGAAGAUAGAGGCAUUUGUUGGGUCAAAGACUGUUAUCCAGAUACGGAGUCAUGCACAAAAGUACUUUUUGAAGGUUCAGAAGAAUGGGACAAGUGAACAUGUACCUCCCCCUCGGCCAAAGCGAAAAGCAGCCCAUCCAUACCCACAGAAAGCGACUAAGAAUGCUCCAGUGCUCUCACAAGUGACAGGAGCAUUUCAAUCUCCAGCUGCUCUGCUUGAACCGGGAUAUGUUCUCAGGCCAGAUUCGUCCUCAAUGCUUGGAAAUCCUAUUACGAGUGCAGAUGUGUCUUCAUGGGCUCAUAGUUCUGCACCUCCAGUCAGUAUGUCCCAUGUGGCAAAAGAUGAUAUGGGAUUUGCAGGGCCUACAGUGGUAAACCAUUGUUGCAGUAGCAGUGAAAGUACUCCAAGGACAUGGCCAACUUGUGAAACAGCUGAUCAAGGGAAUCAAGGGCCACCAGUAAGAGUUAUGCCAGACUUUGCUCAAGUAUAUAGCUUCAUUGGAAGUGUCUUUGAUCCGAACACUAGUGGCCACUUGCUGAAACUAAAGGAGAUGGAUCCAAUUGAUGUUGAAACUGUGUUGCUAUUGAUGAGAAACCUCUCCAUCAAUCUGUCAAGCCCGGAUUUUGAAGAUCAUAGAAAGUUGUUCUCAUCAUAUGACGUCGACACUGAGAAGAAGAAAUUGGGUGGUGGUACAAACAGCACUUUCAAUGCGGAUGAGUCAAAGAGUGCUCUUUCAUUUGGUAAGAAAAAAUUGAAUAAUGUUGACCCUUUUAGAGCAAUGUAUUACAAUUUACAAUUACUGUCCAUCUCCAUCUCAUUUUCAUUUCUGCACAAGCUUUUUCUGACUGAGUUGGCAAAAUAUCAGGAGAAAGAGGGAACACUCACUGAGCUCAUCUUGCAGUUGACUGUUGAUAAAAUCAAUAAGCAAUGCUUGUAUGUAAGUAGGCAGAGUGUUCGGGCAUCCAAGAGUUUUGCAGAAGAGAAUAAUGAUGCUUUAGAGACCCGACUGAAUCCCUCUUAAACUGCAGCAGUUAGGACUAAAAUUUUUGCCAAGUCACCCAUGGCUCGUUGGUUGAGACUCCUAAACAUAUCACCAAAUUGUCCAUAGAAGUUACUGUUUUACAGGUUACUAGCUUUUUCUUC